AUGGAAAAAUCAUGCCAGUCACUUGUAAGAAAUACAAUUUAAUGUAAAUGAUGUAUGAAUAAUUUUACUGUAUUCUUUCCUGUUCCAGCGGCUGCUCAGGAAAACCCUCGUGAGAAACACGUGAGCGGGAAGAAGAGCAACACGACAGACUCAUGCGUUCCUGAGAGCCAGCUGCUGCUCGAGUGUCUGGCUGGCUUUGCUCUGGUCGUCAGCAGUGACGGGAUGGUGUUCUACGCAUCAUCCACCAUCGUCGACUACCUGGGCUUCCACCAGACGGAUGUGAUGCAUCAGAAUGUGUUUGAUUACAUUCACGUGGACGACCGGCAGGAGUUCAGACGGCAGCUGCACUGGGCCAUGAACCCUUCGACCCAAAGCCCGGAUCAGCAGUUCCCCAGCGGCACGGGUGAAGAUUUUGUGGUCAGCUCGUUGUUUGAGUCCGUGGAGGCGGGUGGCGUUGCUCCAGAGUUCUCCUGCUUCCUGAACCGAUGUUUUAUCCUGCGAGUUCGCUGCUUACUGGACAGCACGUCUGGAUUUCUGACGAUGCAGUUCCAGGGCAGCCUGAAGUUCCUGCAGGGCCAGCGGAGGAGGACGGGGUCGGGGGCGAGUCUCCCCCCUCAGCUGGGGCUGUUCUGUGUGGCCGUGCCCCUCGGGCCCCUCGGGCCCUCCAGCGCCGAGCUGAGGGUGAAGACCGGCCUGGUGAAGGGCAAACACAAGAACCCUGUUCUCUCCUCGCUAGAGCACAAUGACAGAGACGAUCCUCUCAGACGGACACACACGAUCCCCUCCUCAGACGUGAAGUGCCGGAUUGACGCUCAGUACGGGCCGGACGAGCCUCUGAACUUCUGCAAGUCUGUGUCGAGUGUCCCGAAGCUCCAGAACCUGGACUGUGGCGUGUGGCCCGUGAGAAGCUCCUCGGCCCGCCUGGGUCACGGGCUCGAGCUCGCCGCGAGGAAGCACACACACUACGGGAAACCGUAUCGCCCGGGCCCCGGAUACUACAGCACCAGGGCCGAGGCGUUCGUGCCGAAGACGUACGGGAGCGUCUCGCACAGCGACUACGACCCGGACGCCAUCAAGAGCGAGAGCUUCUGCUACGCCGGCCCCGGCGAGGGCUUCGACACACACCUGGUGCCGGAGCCGCCCAUUAAGGUGGAGCAGGACUCGGACUCGGAGAACGGCUGUGACGUGUUCGGGCGAUACGCGUGCGGCUUCGAGAGCGUGCCGAUGAAAGCAGAGUGUGUGUAUGGCGAGGUGUUCUCCUGUCAGCGCAUGAAGGGAACGCCGUACGGGAGCCCGUAUCCCAGCGCUUACGGCGGCCCGGCCCGGCCUCUGAAGUGUGUGCUGAACAGAGACUCGCUGCACACACACGGGCCGCUGAACACACACGGCGACGCCUGCGCUGACGUCUACAGAGGGUUCGUGCAGCACGACUAUAAGGCGGCCUACGAGUGCAAAGGGCCCGGGCUCCUUCAGGGCAUCAAGCAGGAGCCGGCGGAUCCUCCGCACUGGAACGCGAUGAGCAACGGCGUGAUGAGCGGCGCUAACAAGGCCGACCCGUACGCCUUCAUGCAGUAGCGCUUCUGGAACUGGGUCCAGCCCACCAGCGCUCGCUUCCAGCACACACGGCUAAACAUUCUUACAUCACGAUUCAUUUACUGGAGAAGCACAAUGCCUGAAGAUGUUAAGUCUUGUUUAAUGAAAACUGUAUCAAGAUUAAGUGAGUUUGU